AAUGGAAAACAACCGACAGGAAGAGAAAUGGCGGAAGCAAGCAGCGGCCUAAAUGCGAGGCUUGAGAACUAAUUAUAUAAACGGCGUGGGUUGUCAACAAAGCGUCGAAUCUAGCUCGUCCUCUCUGUUCCACCUCAACGCCGUCCCAAGUUUCCUGCAGGUGAUGAGAGGAGGUGGCAGCGGCGUCGGCAGCGGCGGAGGCAGUCCUCUGCUCCCCUCCUCCGGUGUCGGCGGCCGGAGAGCGCCACUCAAGUUCCGUCAGACAAAGUUCCGGGCGUUCCCUUCAUGGACCCUCUCCUUCUUCCUCUUCGUCCUCCUGCUGCUCUUUGUCGUCGCUGGCCAGAGGCGCCGACUCCCCCGCUACGAAACGUCGCCGCCGCCUUCCGGGAGUGGCUACACUGUUUUGAUCAACACUUGGAAAAGAAAUGACCUCCUCAAGCAAUCUGUGAGUCACUAUUCCUCCUGCGACGGCGUGGAAUCCAUCCACAUCGUGUGGAGCGAGCCCGAUCGGCCUUCGGAUUCUCUGCGCGAGUCGCUGCGCCAAGCGGCGCAGCAGAAUUCCAAGAACUGCGAUGGGGCCGUCGAUCUCAAGUUCGAUCUGAACGAGGCAGAUAGCUUGAACAACAGGUUCAGGGACAUCAAGGACUUGAAGACUGACGCUGUCUUUUCCAUCGACGACGACGUCCUCUUUCCUUGCGCUUCCAUGGACUUGGCUUUCAGCGUCUGGCAGAGCGCCCCCACCGCCAUGGUUGGCUUCGUUCCCCGGAUGCAUUGGCUGGACAAUGAGAUGAGGAACCGCGACAGAGAGUAUUACAAGUACGGAGGGUGGUGGUCAGUGUGGUGGACCGGCACUUACAGCAUGGUGCUCUCCAAGGCUGCAUUCUUCCACAAGAAGUACCUUGAUCUUUACACAAACCACAUGCCUGAAUCCAUCAGACAGUAUGUCACCAAAUACAGAAACUGUGAAGACAUUGCAAUGUCAUUUCUAUCUGCAAACGCAACGGGUGCUCCGCCAAUAUGGGUGAAAGGGAGAAUAUUUGAGAUUGGAUCGAGUGGCAUUAGCAGUUUGGGAGGACAUAGCCAGAGAAGAACUCAUUGUCUCAAUUUGUUUGCUAAAAUUUACGGGGAGAUGCCUUUGGUGGCUACAAAUAUGAAGGUUGUAGAUAGUAGGCAUAGUUGGUUUUGGUGAUGAGGUAGGCAUACUUGGCUUUGCUGAUGUAUAUCGUUUAGGACUUUAUUUAUUUAUUUUUCCUUCUUAUUCCAUGAUAUUUGUAUAGAAAAAAAUGGGAUAUUUUGAGUAAAGUUUAGGUAAGAGUAUUGAGGGAAAUUUCUUCCAUUAUUUUUGUUUGAUAAGUUAAACCUAUUUAAACUUGUGUAACUUGUAUAAUAUACUAAAACAAAUUUAAGUGAUUGUGUUUGGUA